AUGGAGGUGUGCAAGCUGGAGUCGUGCAAGGCCGAGGCCUCCUUGGUAGCGCUGACUGAUGCGGCGUUCGACAAGGACGAGGAGGUGCGCCGGCAGAUCUCCCAGUCGCUCUACGAGCUGGGCUGCCACAACCCGGAGCAGGUGCUGAGCUCCUGCUUUGACUUCCUGCUCAAGCACAGCCAGCUGGUGCAGGGACACCGCACCGUCAUCCUGCAGUGCAUGGAGCGGAUCGUCCGCGACACCAUCGGCCAGCUCGGCCCGCAGCUGGCCAAGAAGAUCGUCAACCUGGCCUCCGAGGAGAUGAUCAAAUCCAACGAGUCGGCCCUGGGCUGGAAGGAGGCGGCCAGCAACCUGCUGGUGGCCCUCGGCUCCCGGUUCACGGACGAGAUCCUGGAGGAGAUCCUGCAGAAGCUGCAGCCCGGCAUCCUGCCGCAGUUCUUUGUGGUGCAGACGCUGGCCAACCUCUCGGUGGCCAACGUGCAGGGCAUCGUGCCCUACCUGACCACCACCCUGCAGACCAUGCUGCCAAUGCUGCCCCUGAUCAAGCAGGACAACAUGCGGUGGGUGUUCACCUCGGCCCUGGGCCUGUUCAGCAAGAGCAUCCUCGAGUACCUGGAGACGGCCGACAAGGCCUCCAAGCCGGCCCUGACCAAGGAGGCCUUCGGGCCGGAGAUCUACGCGGCCUACAAGAUCCUGUUCGGCAGCUGGCUCCGCAACAAAGAUGCCAAGCUGCGGACGGCCAUCGUGGUAGCCCUCAGCUACAUGGUCCACCUUCUGCCCGCCGAGCACAUGGAGGAGGAGCUGCCCCGCUUCACCGCGGGCGUCCUCGCCCUCUACAAGAAGCGGUGCGAGGCCUUCCAUGUCACCGUGUGCCUGCGCAACAUCCUGGAGACGGCGGUGGAGGCUACCAGUCACGUGCCCGAGCUCCAGAUGGACAACCUGCUGCCCCAGCUCCACCACCAGAUCUGCGUGCCGGUCGACUGCCGGGACGAGCUGAGCGGCAAGAACCACCGCGAGGUGCUGCGGUGCUUCACCAUCCUCUCGCACGUCUCCAUCGACGGCCUGGUCAAGUUCCUGCUGCAGAAGCUGGCCAGCAACAGCGAGAAGGCGCGAAUCGGCACCCUGACCGUGCUGAACCACGUGGUGGGCAGCGGCUUCAAGGCCCUGGAGCCCAAGAAGGGGCUGAUCGUGAGCGGCAUGAAGCAGUCGCUGCAGGACAGCGACAACAAGGUGAAGAAGAUGACUGCCCAGGUCAUCAGCACCAUGGGCGAGCACGGUUACCUCCAGCUGGAAGGGGGCGCCACCCUGGUGGACUUCCUCAUCCAGCAGUGCACCCUGGCGCCCGAGGAAGGCCCCGUGCCACCCCAGGCCCAGGACCCCGACGAGGUGCGGGACGAGGACCUGAGGGAGCUGUGCGAGGGCAUCAUGAGCUUCCUGGUGACGCUGGACAAGAUGGAGGACGUGCUGUGGCCCUUCCUGAUGGAGUUUGUCACCCCCACCCAGCACACCAACGCCCUGGCGACAGUCUGCCGGAGCCUGGAGCACAUAGGGGCCCGCAAGCGGCGGCAGGGCCCGCAGUACGUCCUGCUCAACUACAACGAGCGGCUGGGCCUCCCCAAGCCCCACACCCUCCUGGCCCGUCUGCUGGCUGUGUCCGCCAUGCCCUAUGCAGGCCAGGGCCGGGGCCUAGCUGCCUUGGCGCUCCUGCAGGUGCUGAGCCCAAACAUCCACCUGGACGUGGUCAAGCUGUGGGACGAGGAGCUGCCCCAGCUGAUCCAGUUCCUGGCCGAGAACAAGCAGGACACCCUGCCCCAGAAGCUGUGGGAGGACAAGCUCUUCUUCUUCCUGUCCCGCACCCUGGAGACCAUCACCGACGAGAAGUGGACCUGGCAGCUGAGCGAGGAGAUGACCCGGCACAUCCACGGCUACCACAGCUUCCCCAAAGAGAAAGCCUUCCUCUACAAGUGCGUGGGCAUUGUCCUGGGCCAGACCAACAACAAAGACAUCAUCAACAACGAGCUGCAGGAGAUGCUGCUCAGCAUCCAGCACAAUGAGGCCCUGGAGCGCGAGGGCCUAGCUACAGGCAUCGGCUUCUGCGCCAUGACCCACCUGGACGACACCCUGGCCAAGCUGGACGACUUUGUCAAGAUGGACAUCGUGAAGAAAACGGCCAGCUUCUUCAACAUCCUGAGGGAGAAACUGGACGGCGACAUGGAGCGGGUGAAGAGCACCCUGAUCCUCUGCUACGGUUACGUGGCCCUCUACGCCCCCGAGAGCCUCAUCCUGCAGCGGAUUGAGGUCCACAUCCUCGACCACAUCAUCAGCCUCUCCAACACCAAGGUCCUGGGCAUCAAGGUGGAGACCAAGGACCUGAUGAUCAAGCUGACCCUGAUCAAAGCCGUGACGCUCAUCGCCAAGGCGGUCUACGCCAACAAGGGCAAGCACCUCUUCAAGUUCAACCGGCGCGAGGAGGUCCUCUCCUGCAUGCAGGACCUCAUCGCCGGCGAGUCUAAAGCCCACCUGAAGACCCGGGUCAGACAGUCGGCCAUCAACGCCUGCAUGCACCUCAUCAAGCUGGAUCCCCGGCUCAACGAGAUGGAGGCGGCGGAUCUGAUCAGGACCUGUCUGGAGGCCACCUUCAGCUUCCCGCCGCUGGACAGUGACAAGCGCAAGGACAACAGGAAGCUGAAGGAGCGCGAGCUGCUCCACACCGAGACCAUUGCCGCCUUGCACGAGCUCCUCAAGGAGUUCCUGAGCCAGGACCUGACCUCCGAGGGCCUGGAGUUCCUCUCCAAGCAGAUGCAGGACUGGCUGACCUCGAGCAAGGACCACGAGCGGGAGCGGGCGGUGGAUGCCACGCUGGUCCUGCUCAACUUCUACCGGGAGAAGUUCAAGACGGUCAACGUGAGCACCUUCCACAACCUGGGCAUGCUGGUGGGCCGCUUUGUACCCCGCUGUGCUGACCCGGUGCUGGCCAUCCGCUACAUGGCCAUGGACAGCCUCUGCACCCUCCUCUACAUCCAGGUGCGCUACGAGGGCUGCUUCCUGAACCAGCCGGACAACCUGGUGGACCACCUGCGCAACAUCAAGGAGCAACUCCAGAACCCCGACAGCCACGUCCUCUUCCAGAUCUGCUACGAUAUUGCCAAGGUCAUCUCCAGCAAGCUCCCCAGGAGCCAGCUGCACCCGCUUCUCUUCACCCUCUUCGAGGGGCUCUCGGACUACCACGCCACCUGUGCCAGCGCCACCUCGGUGGUGCUGAACACCCUGGUCAGGAAGCACGGCGAUGUCCUGAAGGACCACAUCCCCGAGACCCUCAACCACCUCCAGUCCCGCAUGCAGAGCAUCGCCCUGGAGCAGGUGAGGUUCUCCGUCAUCCACUUCAUCUCCAUCCUGACCUCCCAGUGCUUGCCCGGCGUCCUGUCCUAUCUCCUCUUCCGGCCCCUGCCCUACGACAAGUACACCAGCGCCGUGUGGCAGUCGCUGGCGCGGGAGGUCAAGCUGGCUGCCACCACCAUGGACUACCUGCUGAGCAAGAUCAACGACUACCUGUCCCACGAGGACCGCAAGAAGCCGCCCACCACAGGCACCUCGGAGACGGUGGCCGUCAUCUACGCCCUGAACGAGAUGAUCUCCAACCCUGAGUCGGUCGACGCGGUGAUGGACCUUUACCCCAAGCUGUUUGGCACGCUGCUUCUCUACCUCAGCUUCAUCGCCAGUGAGAAGAUGUCUGAAAUCCAGGGGAAGGGCACCUCCAAAAAGAAGAAGAUGUCUCUCCAGCUACAGAACGCCCCGAAUCUCAACAUCUGGGACUCCUCGCUGGAGACGCUCAAACUGAUGCUGAUGCGGGGCAAGACUGAAGAGGUGCUGGGCGCCAUGGAGGACGAGGGUGGCUGGGAGCUGAUGAAGAGCUCGGAGGACCACCAGCGGGGCGUGGCGCUCCUGGCCAAGGCGGCCACCAGGCACGGCGCCAUGUACCUGGUGGACACCGUCCACUUCCUGGUGCCCAUCCUCAACAACAUGCACGAGCACCAGCGGGUGGCGGUGGCUGCCUUCUUCAGCGAGCUGCUGAGCUCGCCCGUGGUGCAGGACCUGAAGGUGACCGAGACCCUGGUGGGCAGCCUGCUCCGGAGCCUGGACGACGUCUCGCCCACCGUCCACUGGCUCUCCCUCCGGGGCCUGGGCAAUCUGGCGGUGGGGGCCCCCGAGAAGAUCCCGCGCUACGCCGACAAGCUGCUGGCGGCCAUGGUGGGCAGCAUGGACGAGAAGACGGAGCUGAACGACCUGAUCGUCCUGGAGGCCAUGGCGGGCCUGUCCAAGGUGCUGGCCCAGCUCGACGAGGCCAGCCUGCGACCCAUCCUGGCCACAGUCACCGGGGCCGUCCAGCCCUUCUUCGAGAGCGAGAGCGAGAAGCUGAGGGCCGCCGCCUUCGGCGUCUUUGGCAACCUGGCCCGCUUCGGCGCCGGCAGCUCCGAGGCCGCCUUCCUGGAGCACGUCCACUCCAGCCUGGUCAGCCUGCUCCUCCACCUGAACGACAGCAGCCCCGAGGUCAGCCGCACCUGCAAGGCUGUCCUGCAGCUGGUGGGCCCUCACCUGUGCUCGGACAACCUCGGCGCCAUCUUCCGGACCGAGCUGCUGGAGCAAGCCAACCUGCGCUACUGGGAGUUCAUCGGCCAGCUCACCAAGCUCAUCGUCAGCGACUUCCCGGACAAGAUCAGCCUGUACCUCGCCAACAGCAUGUCCUUCUUCAAGAGCAUGCUCCCCGAGAUCCGGGGGAACGCUGUCAUCCUGGCCGGCUUCCUGCUGCAGAACCUGCCCAAGGAGUACGUGGACGCCAGCACCGAUGAGAAUGUGUGCGUGGCCAUCAUCAUGAUGCUCCACGACGUCUCACCUUGCGUCCGAAUCAAAGCCGCCAAGGUCUUGGGGCUCUGCCGUGGCCCUUAA